AUGUCCGCUGAUAGCUUUUACGUUGAAGACUCCGCCGAAGAGGAUUCAUACAAGGGUGAGCAGACAUUCCGCAAAAAUAUUCAUAUGGAAUCGGUAGUUAUCGAGGAAACCGACUCCGAAGCUGAAAAUUCGCAUGACUCCAUGAUAAGUGAAGAGGAAAGUGUUCAGCCUCGUAUGAAGAAUCGACAAAGCAUGCGUAUGUCAUUGCAUCCUAAGCAAACGGAUAGCGACAGCAGCGAGGAAUCUGAAACGGAAUCCUCUCACGGAUCUUCCUCUGAUCGGACAUCCAAUACUGAUGAGGAAAACGAUGCCGAACGAAGCGUUUAUUCACCCGUCACGCGAAGAAGCAUUUUUGGUCCAACAGCUAAAGCCGUGUACACCGAUGAAGACGACAACCUGCAAAGUGAAGACAGUGACGAUGAGCAAAUAAGAGGCAGACAUCGGAUUGAACAGGAAAUUCUGUCUGAUGGCGAACCGGGAGAACAAAUUGCGAAGCAAAUGAAGCGCAAAAGCCGCAAAGCGGUGCAGAUUCUCUCGGACAGUGACACGGAAGACGAGAAUCCGUUGAACAGCGGGAAAGACGGCGGGUCGCAAAAUGGCAAUUCUUUUGAUGCUUCGCUGUCCCUACGCAAGUACAAUCCCGAAGACGAACCAGCUCAUAAUGCAACCAAGCAACAGCUAUCUUUCACCUUCCAGUCGCAAGCGGAAGAACAAGAUUCGAUUAGCACGAAGCUCUCGUCGACAUUAAAAUCGGGAAAUGAGCUCGAUGAUGGUGCGGACGAAUCCAGCGUGCUGUCCCCGGCUGAAAGUCGACAUUCCAUCAGUCUCCGUGCCUCAAUCGGUGAAAAACUUUCGUCAACCCAGAUCAGACCGCUGGAUGUUGAAGAAGUCGAGGAGAGACAGCUAGAUGUCGAAAAGUCCCCGCAGAAGUCGCGUGACGAAUCGAGCAGUGUAGAGCUGGUUGAAAAAUCUGCCGAAAUUCUGUCUGUUAGCAGUGACGAAGAGGUGAUUCCAAGCGCGCGAUCACGGUCACAGAUUCCUUCGCUUGAACCGCCAGCCGCCAAAACUGCACCUCAAGUCCUUGUGCAGCCUACGAUAACGGCUUUCGUGCGUCGGUCAGGCCAUGGUGGAGUCCCCGAGCGCGUAUCGCAGAGCGAGUACGACGCCAAUAUACGGCGCAUGGCCGAUUUGAAGAGUCAGCUCGUGUUGAUCGAGGGCGUGAUGAAGAACCGUGCCAAAUUACCGGAUCAGGGCGCUGGACUGGUUCGCCGGUUGGCGGAGGUGAAGUCGCAAAUAUUCGAACUGUCUAAGAACAUCGACAUGACCAGGGCCACACCGAGCAAGGGUAUCAAGAACGCGAUAAGGAAGAACUUCGACCAGCCACUGCAGAGUUUGGAUAACUCGCGAAAUUCCAGCGCCAACAGCAGUGCUGGCGGACCACGGGAGCAUGUAUCGUGGGAUACUAUCAAAAAAGCGACUGACGAUAUUCAACCACGCCAUACGGGAAAGCAGGGUAUGGCAACGUUCGAGAACCAGAAGCUGCUGACGAUGGACCGUUUGGCGACGCUGCACAAAUCCAUCGAAGCCUGCCCCACCGAGGACACGCUGGCCGAUCCGCCCAAGCUGCUGAAGGUGGAACUGAUGAACCAUCAGCGGCACGCUCUGGCCUGGAUGUUGUGGCGUGAAUCACAGAAACCGCACGGUGGCAUUCUUGCGGACGAUAUGGGCCUCGGAAAGACGUUGAGCAUGAUUUCGCUGGUGUUGAAAUCGGCCGAACUCGACCCAGACGGGGAGCAGCUUGCACAGAAUAGCGAUAGCGAGGACGAAGAAAAUCGCACACCAAAUGGGAACGGCGGAUGGAUGGGUAAAGGGCGUAAGGAUUACUUCGUUGGUGGUACACUGAUCGUGUGUCCUGCCUCGUUGAUGCGCCAGUGGGAAGGCGAGGUGGCGGCUCGCGUCAAACGCAACAGUCUGGACGUUUACGUGCACCAUGGCACGAACAGGGAAACGAAGCCGCGCAAACUAGCCAAGUACGACAUGGUGAUAACGACGUAUAACAUUGUAUCGCGAGAACACAAUGCCACACAUAAAUCGGGCAUUUAUGGGGUCGACUGGGAGCGCAUCAUUUUGGACGAGGCUCACGUCAUCCGCAAUCACAAAAGCGCCAUGUCGGAGGCUUGCUGUGCGAUGAAAGGACGCAAUCGGUGGUUGCUCACGGGCACACCGAUCCAAAACAAGGAGAUGGACAUGUACGCCCUGCUAAAGUUCCUCCGCUGCACACCGUUCGACGAUCUGAACCACUGGAAGCGAUGGAUCGACAACAAAACGUCCGGAGGUGCGAUACGCUUGAACACGAUCACGAAAUCCAUAUUGCUUCGACGCACCAAGAAGGAGUUGCAAGAACGCGGCGCUCUGAACAGCUUACCGCCAAAGACGGUCGAGCUGAUCGAGGUGCAGCUGGAGAAGGACGAGAUGAAUGUCUACCAGAAGGUGUUGCUGUAUUCGAAAACCUUGUUCGCGCAGUAUUUGCACCAGCGCGCGGAAAAGGAACAAGUAGCCGGGUUUGGGGGCUAUGGAAGGCCCACGUUCAAGGCGCAAAGAGCUCCGAAUGCUGCCUUCGACAUGGUGCACCAAAAGCUGAAGCGUAUGCAAAACAACGAUGGGGCCGGCGAGGUGCAGCAACAUCAGAUUUUGGUGCUGCUGCUCCGUCUGCGACAGAUCUGCUGCCAUCCGGGGCUCAUCCAACAGAUGCUGUCCGACGACGAUCAGGGUAACCUGGAGAUGUCCGGCGUGGACGAGCCUAGCUUCGACGGGGCUGUCGAUUUGCUCGGGCAGCUAAACAAGCUGAAGCUGAACGACGUGAUCGCGGAGCAUGAGGCGAAGCUUGCGAAAGGCGAGGGUGAUGGUGAGGAAAUUAAACUAAAUUUAUCGGAAGAGUUCGAUCGACCGGAAGCCAUGUCGAAAGCGCUGUCCAAGGUGAUGCUCAAGUCGAAUCCGGUGUUUCGCAUGGAGCGCAGCAGUUCGAAGAUCGAGAAAGUAAUGCAGCUGUUGGAGGAGAAAAUAUUCGGCACCGACGAUAAAGCGAUCAUCGUGUCCCAGUGGACAAGCAUGCUGGAAAUUCUCGGCUCGCAUCUUUCGAACCGUUCCAUCCCGUACGUUUCGCUGACGGGCAAGGUUCAGGUGAAGCUGCGGAACGACAUUGUGGUGGAGUUUAACAAGCCAUCUGGAAAAUCGAAGAUUAUGUUACUUUCGCUUACGGCCGGAGGCGUGGGAUUGAAUCUCGUCGGAGCCAACCAUCUCUUUCUGCUCGAUCCGCACUGGAACCCGCAGCUGGAAGCGCAGGCACAGGAUCGGGUUUAUCGCGUGGGUCAAACGAAACCGGUCAACAUCUGGAAGUUUAUGUGUGUCGACACAGUCGAGCAGAAAAUUCACGCACUGCAACAGCACAAGCUUGGCAUCGCGGACGGUGUCUUGACCGGAACGAUGAACAAGGGCAGCAAGCUGACGAUUGAUGAUCUGAAGUCGCUGUUUGGGUUGUAG